UCACACCACAGCUGACCCGCCUGGGAUUUGGCUCUUGUGCUUUGUCUCUGAUGUGUCUCGGCCUCUACCAAGCCAGGGACUGUGCACCCCGCCCCCACCCCUACCCUGAGUCCUGGAGCACAGCCUGGCACACAGUAGGCGCUCAAAAAAUGUGUACUGAAGGCGUGGCUCCUGCGAAGCAGGACGUACACCCGCCGCCUGUAUACCCACAGAAGAGGAAACUGAGGCUCAGAGAGGACAGCCGCCCAGCUAGAGUCAAGGUCACCGAGCACGUCCGUGGCACGCGUCCAGGUCGCGCCAUGACGGAGCCGGCGGCUUGGCGGCGGGCGGCCGGGCCUUUCUUUGACAGAUGGGGAAACCGAGGCCCGGCCGCCCGCCAGGGCCCCCCAGGCUCGUCGCACCUACCCCAGCAGCUCAAGUUCACCACCUCCGACUCCUGCGACCGCAUAAAAGACGAGUUCCAGCUCCUGCAGGCCCAGUACCACAGCCUGAAGCUCGAGUGUGACAAGCUGGCCAGUGAGAAGUCCGAGAUGCAGCGCCAUUAUGUGAUGUACUACGAGAUGUCCUACGGCCUGAACAUCGAGAUGCACAAGCAGGCUGAAAUCGUCAAGAGACUCAACGGCAUCUGUGCCCAGGUCCUGCCCUACUUGUCCCAGGAGCACCAGCAGCAGGUCUUGGGAGCCAUCGAGAGGGCCAAGCAGGUCACCGCGCCCGAGCUCAACUCCAUCAUCCGACAGCAGCUCCAGGCGCACCAGCUGUCGCAGCUCCAGGCGCUGGCCCUGCCCCUGACGCCCCUGCCGGUGGGGCUGCAGCCCCCGUCGCUGCCGGCGGUCAGCGCGGGCUCCGGGCUCCUGUCGCUGUCGGCGCUGGGCUCGCAGGCGCACCUCUCCAAGGAGGACAAGAACGGCCACGACGGGGACGCGCACCAGGACGACGACGGGGAGAAGUCGGAUUAGCCGCGCCGGCCGGGAGCGGGUCGGGGAGGCGGGGACGCCGCGCGGCCGAGGGGCCCGGGACGGCCCGGCUCCGUGGUAUUUAUGGUCGCCGGCCGGGGUCCUGGCCCUGCCCGCGCAGCCCCCGGGCUUCGCUCCCGCCCAGCCCCCUGCCUCCCCCGCAGCCUGAGCAGGUGACCCCUGCCCAGGUGGGCCACGCCGAGGAGGGCAGCGGGGGACCAGGUCCGCGGGGAGCAGGACCUCGAGAAACCCCUCCCUCCCUGCACCCGCUCCCGCACAGGCCACCGCAGCCCACCCCGGCACUGCAUGCGACACCUCCCGCCCGGGCACCCCAGAGUGGCCCCGGACCCACCUGCUCCUCCUCGCUUCCCACGCACCUCCCCCGCCAGUUCCUCACGCCCCCAGCCACCUGGUCCCCUCCCCUCGCCCGCGAGGGGGGCCGAGCGAGCGCCAGAGCUUAGCGGGACGCGCAGAGCGGGGACAGAGCGGGGGCGCCCGGACUUCCCUUCACCCUUCCCAAAUAAAGAUGAGGGUACUACGUCGUC